AUGGCUACGAGUCCGGAAUACUUCCCCAAUGGAGGCAGAGAGGCUAAAGCUGUAUUUAUUUCAGGCAUUAGCAUUACCUUCUACAAGUCGCAGAAGACAAUUAGACCGCCAGAGGUUCAGCUUGAUGGGCUGCCGAGGUUACCAGUCCUCAAACACGCUACCGACGUGAAGGGGAUAUGGAUAUGGCAUGGGGGGAUGGAGAUUUGCUCCGAGUCGAAGCUUACAAUCAAAGUCUCCUCUGAUAGAUCAUUAUCCAUUAUGGGCACUAAAACCGUCACGUUGACAAUCCCCGUCAACGUUAUACUCCAGGAGUCUGCUGACGGUGGCGGCGGCGGUGAAGUUUGGCGAAAUUCGGACGCGUCGAAGUUCGAGAUCAGUAUAGAAUACUCCCUGCCGAAGGCUGAACCGAUGUUGAGGGACCCUUCUUCUGGGAGCAGUGCUUCUGCUUCACCUGCAACAUCGGAGAGCUACCUCCCUUCGACAAUAGACGACAUAACUCGCGUCUGUCCGAGGUUUCGCGUACUUGUCAUCGGAAAGACCGGUGUUGGGAAAUCAUCUCUGAUCAACAACGCCUUCGGUGUCACAGCAGCUAGUGUAUCCAAAAGGAAACCGGGUGUUCAUGACAUAAACUUCGAGAUUGAAUCAAAGGACAAUGCGCAUUUCGUGGUGCAUGACUCGCAGGGGUUUGAGCCAGGUGAAGAGCAAAAUUUCAACAUAGUCACCAAUUUCAUCGAAGAAAGGAGGCGGAAACCCGAGCUGAAGGAUAAACUGCACGCGAUUUGGCAAGUUCUGGUCAUACCCUGUUCAGGUGGCAGAGUGUUCGAAAUUGGUGACGAAAACUUCAUUAACCUCCACUUGGGUCACGUGCCCGUCGUUGUUGUGUUCACCAAGUUUGAUAAAUUAGUCACCAUGAAGCGCAUGCGUCUUCCUUCGACACGGACCGCGGGGCUUUCAAGUGAUGAAGUCUUGCAGCUCGCGAGGGACGAUGCGUUGCAGGCUUUCGAGAAGCUAUGCAUAGAUCCGCUCAAGACAGUCGUUGCCGGAAAGGAGAUGCCUGCCUACAUCAAGGCCUCCACGUCGAAGGGCUACGAAGAAACACUGGCUGAGCUCGUUGAUCGAACAUACACGGAUGUUCGAAAGUAUGUCGCAGAGGAGGCCUCCCUCGUCGGCGCUAUAGCUCAGCGAACGAGCUCUGAGACCAAGAUCUACGCAUCCAUAGCAGUUGGUAAACGCAGGUACUGGGAGGGCCUCGGACACAGCGCUAACUUUCCCAAUCGCCCGCUCAAGAACUGCUUGGACGUGAUCCACCGAGAUGUGAUCGCCGUCUGGAAUUUUCAAGAUCCUAACAAGCACUUGAAUUCCAUCAAGUUUCAAGAACUGAUGUCUCAGAUUGUAGACGACUUAGCAGAGCGGAACAUGCUAGAUCCCAACAAAACACUGGUUGGAGGGAUCACGCUCGUUGGCACCAUCGCUGGGAUCAUCGGAGGGCUUUCGGGGCCUGCUGCGCCCAUCGUGAUACCCAUCGUUGCCACCGUUGUUUUCGCGAAAUGGGUCUAUGAUGUAUACAAGCAAUCGGCCCCCGUCCUUCGCUGCCUGAUGGGAUACAUCGUCGAUUUGACGAUUAUCAUGCAGAUACUCUUCAUGCUCACUCGGGGCGACCCUCGGCCGGUCAGCAACAGGAUGAUCAAACUGGCGACGAAGACCUAUGCUGAGAGCCCCGCCAAAAUACAUAUCCACAACCAGAUCCAGGACUACGUCGAGCGGAACGACGUGUUCAAGCGGAUGCACCGAGAUGGCGUGUUAGCCAAGAUCGUCGAUCUAAUCGAGAAAUGGAAGAUAGAGGAGGGAGAGGGUAUAGGGCUGAGGCUCCGACAGCCCGAAUUGGACAAUCUUAGGUUAUACGAAGAUGAGGCCUGGUAA